AUGGGCUAGCGCGAUGCAUGCGCGGGUUAUCGUCGACUACUUCGACUCCUACCUUUGACUCUCUCCUCAUGAUUGUUAUCAACAACGCCAACAGGAAGCCCAUCAGUGUCUGGUCAUGCUGUUCGCCAUACGGAAUUCGUGAAAAUGCGCUUAAUCACUACCAUGGCCGCCACAGUUCAACUCGCAAACUUCAUCAUCUCAGCGGCCGACAAAGCCAUGAUAACAGCAUAUCUCGCGAAUGUAAGGCAUCGCUAUGCAUCGGCAAUGAUAUUGUAUGCUCGCUGCACUUCCCGCUACAUUCUGCCGCAAACUAGCUCUAGUCAAUGCCGAAGCUCAGUUGUCGGUUGUCCAGCUGCUCUUGCUUCAUCCACCGCAUGACCCCUCGCAAUUCCUGCAGUACGAGCACAAGGUCCUGUACCGCUGUCACUACUCACUUGCAUGAUGGAGGACUACCCGAAAGCGAAGCACAGGAACUGAGCAGCCCUUUCAGCACCAGUGCGUGCCGUGUCAGUUUACCGCUCUUGAAGCCUAUUGGCCGAACGCAACAGCGAUUGUGCCUCUGAACCCACCGCCAGACGCUCAACAGUACCCGCGUGUUUCACAGCUUCCGCCAUCAGGUUUCUGUCGUGGCAUCAACGUUGCUGAUGUGAGACCAGCUGCGUAUAGCAAACCGGCUCCACGACAACCGAAUGGGACAAUAUGGCCGUCAACAAUUUUCACAAUGGAUAGCAGAAUGCUGCCACAUUUCGGCUGACUUCGGUAUCGCAGGCGGGCAGUGACUGUCUACCUGAGCCUCUCAACGGUUCUAUCUCAGCUCCA